CACGGAGUGAGCGAGUCACAAGAGCCUUUACAAAUAUGAUCGCUUUGGCAGUUUUUCUUAUUGCGGUGGUUGCCGUGGCGACGGCCGACCGAUCCGCUAUUUUAGUCGAUGAGGAUCCCGCCCCAGUCGUGACAAUUACCACAUGUGGUGGAAUGGUGAACACGUCUUCGGCCGCGAUCAACUUCCAACUUGCGAGCUCAAUUCCAGCAGGUCAGGCCUGCCUGUGGACCGUGCAAGCACCCUAUGAUGCAGUCCGAUUUACCUUGAAGGAAUCCGGCCUUGGAAUGGGGGAUCUAAAGUUGACCCAAUUCAUCCAUGCUAUUCAGGGAUAUCAAUAUAAUGUUACAGAAAUUGGUGCGAACUACACCUACUCCGCCGGAACAGUUUUGGUUAGUCUAGUCACCGGGGCGGAGGCGAGCAGUGGCUUCAGCCUAGAGAUGUACUCCAGCGGCGACCUUGACGUAGCUGGCGGAGGUUUCACGCACUACGAGACUUUCCUCAACUCCACCGGAGCCACAGCCUACCCGGGUAAUGGACAGCCAUAUAUGAACAACGAGCGUGCCGUAAUAAUCGUCAGCCCCAGCGAUGCAGGCAGUCGCACCUUAACUUUCACCGGAAUGGAAUUAGAACAACCAAGUGGUUUUCAUUGCCUUUACGAUAAAGUCAAAGUCCUCAGCUGGUAUGUGCCUUGGGGCCAUUUGGUGACGGAAGAAAUACUUUGUAGAUCAGAACUUCCACCCCCUAUCAUGUUGGAUACAGGUCUGGCAGUUAUCCUUUUCACAAGUGACAGUAGCGUUACUCGCGGAGGCUUCGCGUUCAACUGGAUGUAAAAUUAUUUCAAUUUCAAUAAAAUUCCAAAUCUAUAUGUCCCUGUUAGAUUCUUCACUUGUAUCCUUCUUUCGAAAUAAAUAAUAACAUUGUGCAUAAUCUGUAAUGCAA